AUGCACUCACUGGACGAGCCACUGGAUCUGAAGCUCAGUAUAUCUAAGCUGCGGGCAGCACGUGAGAAGCGAGAUCGGAGUGGAGGGAGCCCCAAGAAACGCAUAGUGCACCAUGAGCUGAUGAUACGUGAUGAUGGAACAACUGUUAUUACUCCCAUCUGCUCCUCACCCCCACCAGGGUACCUGCCUCGUUUCCGAGAAGGGGACAGCUCCCCUUUUUCUUCUCCUCCAGUGGUGGACCUUAGCCUCUCUCCACCUUCUGGGAUGGACUCCCCCAGCCGUGCAUCCUUGUCCCCGGAGAGGAUGACCGGAAUGGAUACCCCACUGGACAUGCCGUUAUUGCGCUGCAGGGGAGACACAACUCCCAGUCCCUUCCAGUUCUUUCUGCCCCUUAGCUCUGGACUCCAGCUACCCCCAUCGGUGUUCCUAACUCCCCCCAAGGAGAAGCGGCUGUCCCUUGAAUACACGGAACAGAAACAACUGGUGUGUCAGUGGGCAAAGUGCAACCGCCUGUUUGAGCUUCUGCAAGAAUUAGUGGAUCAUGUUAAUGAUUUCCAUGUGAAGCCAGAAAAGGAUUCCGGAUACUGCUGCCACUGGGAGGGCUGUGCCCGUCGCGGGAGAGGAUUCAAUGCCAGGUACAAGAUGCUGAUCCAUAUUAGGACACACACAAAUGAGAGGCCUCACUGUUGCCCCACCUGCCAUAAGAGCUUCUCCCGGCUGCUGGAGAACCUGAAGAUACACAACCGCUCACACACAGGAGAAAAACCCUACAUGUGUCCCUACGAGGGCUGCAACAAGCGCUACUCCAACUCAAGUGACCGCUUCAAGCAUACGCGCACACACUACGUGGAUAAGCCCUACUACUGCAAGAUGCCUGGAUGCCAGAAACGCUACACAGACCCCAGCUCCCUGCGGAAGCACAUCAAAGCUCAUGGUCACUUCAUUUCACACCAACAGCGCCAGUUACUGAAAAUCCACCAGCCACCCAAAAUGCCAACUAUGGGGGACAGCAGCUAUGCAAGUGGUACCCAACUCAUCAUUCCCAACCCGGCGGCUAUCUUUGGAAGCCAGACACUGCCAAUCCCACUGACGCCAGGACCUUUAGACCUCAGCUCCUUGGCUUGUAGCGGGGUCACCUCAGCACUGGCAGGGUUACCAAAUCCCAUGUUGACACUGGCAGGGGCCCCUCUGAACCUGGCUAAAGGCUCACUGCUGUCUCAAGCGUACUCAGCUGCUGGUCUCGGCCUACCUUUGGUUUCAUUGAUAACAUCAGGGAAAUCUGAAAUUGAGAAGAGGUCUAAAGCCCAAAAUUCAGAGAGUGUUGAGAGGACUGAAGGGUCAAAGGUAAGGCUUAAUUCAGUGGACGGCCUCUCCCUCCUGCCUGGUGGAGUUUUAGAUCUUUCUCCUGGUGUGGGCUCAGAUUCUCUACUGCCAGGGUGGGUGGUCAUCCCUCCCGGUUCUGUGUUACUGAAACCGGCGGUGGUCAACUAA